AUGAAUUUUACUAUUUUCGGUAUAUCUGUUUUGUCUCAAAUAGAUAAACCAGUGGUAUCAAGGAAGCAUGAUUUGUUUGAAGAAAUUAAUGAAGGUGAAAAAAAGAAUAUUUGUUGUUAUGUUGAUAGUAAUACAGCAAUAACAUCAACCAGAUGGUUAAAUGGAAGCCAGGAAAUUUUUAUUACACAUAAUGUAUCAGAAACUUCAUCACCGACAUCAAUAAGGUGGUUCAAAGGAGGUCAGGAAAUAUCGGUUAUAAAUAAUGCUACAGAAUUUUGUUUCACCAUCAAAAACGUCAGUCGAUACGACCAAGGAAUCUACACAUGUACAGCAGAAAAUAUGAUUGGAAGUGGAUCAAUUACUACAGUUCUUCAAGUUAAAUCUUAUUAUCAACUUAAAGAAAAUGUGCAACCGUUACAAAGUGUCAUCCUUUGGGGAUUACUUGGAACCAUUGCUGUGCUUGUUGUUGGAAUAGCAAUUCUAUUUUCUCACAUGCAUCGGAAGAAAAAACAGAGGUGCGUACAAUUUGAUAUGUUUAAUAUCACAGAUAAAAGGAUUAAUUAA